GGAAGUUGUACAAGGUGAGGUUUUGUUAUAACAUCUAGAAACUAAGUGUUAUUUGUAUUUUAUACAGGUUUUAAAUAAGCUUCUAACACCGAACAGUGUAGAAAAGUAAGAACCACUCAGUAAACUUAUAAAAAGACUACUAUUAAGUGCCAACGUUCGUGAAUUUCAGCAGUGUAGGCCAGGAGAAUAAAUUGACAUAGGAAAUACAAAUACUGAAAAGUGAAAGUGAAAAAAAAGGUUAAAAUAACAAAAUGGCAAGUCGUAGAACCAGAUCAAAGGCUGGACCAAAGAAACGUGCACAACGAGCUACUUCCAAUGUUUUUGCAAUGUUUGAUCAGGCUCAAAUUCAGGAGUUUAAGGAAGCUUUCAAUAUGAUUGACCAAAACAGAGAUGGUUUCAUAGAUAAAGAAGAUCUUCAUGAUAUGUUAGCUUCAAUGGGAAAGAACCCAGAUGACAAAUACCUGGAAAACAUGAUGAAUGAUGCACCAGGCCCAUUAAAUUUUACCAUGUUUUUAACUCUGUUUGGUGAACGGCUCCAAGGUACAGACCCUGAAGAUGUAAUAAAAAAUGCAUUUGCAUGCUUUGAUGAGGAUAAUACUGGUUGUAUUUAUGAAGAAAGACUUAAAGAGUUACUUACCACAAUGGGGGAUCGUUUUUCUGAAGAGGCUGUAGAUAGAAUGUAUAGUGAAGCUCCCAUAGAUAGGAAUGGGAUGUUUGACUACAUUGAAUUCACACGCAUAUUGAAGCAUGGUGCCAAGGAUAAAGAUGAUCAGUAGAAGCAAUCCAAUUAUAACAUACUUCUAUGUUAUUUUUGGUAGACAGAACACUAAUUUUUAUUAACUAAAUUUUCUAUGAAGACUGAGAAGAAUUUCAUAAAUGAUUUAAAUGGUACUGAAAUUUAACCAGUUGUUUAAAUUGUUAGUUACGCAAUAUAAUUCCUUUUUAUAAAAUAUUUUAAUCUGUUGUAUAAUUUGUAAAAUUUUGAUAAACUCUGUGUAAAAUCAUUGAGUAUAAAAUUUUGAUUGUGAAUUAAAAGUAUGGUGGAUAUUGA